CUCUCUCUCGUGAAGUAGCUGGUAAAACUCUUUUCUCUUCAUCACUCUCUAAAUCUGUAGAACCUCUUAAUUUCGUUUUUUAUGGUGGUUUUCUCUCUCUAGAAUUCGCAUUCAUUCUUUGCUUCACUCUUUAAAAUCACGAGAUCCCUGUCUCUUUCUCUUUCCCACUCUCUCACUUCAAUGUCGUCUUCAAUACUGUUCGGUAUCUUUCUAUCUUCUCUCGGCUGUUGUUCUUCUUGCACUUUGCAUUGGUGGGUUCCAUUGAGAGAAGUAUACUGAAGGAACGAAACCCAAGAGAGAAAAAAUUGUUUUUGUGUGAUAUAUAGAGAGCGUGACGAAGUUAGGUAGGAAGUGUGAAAAUGUCGCGUUCUGGGAAACCAAUGUCGGAGCUGGGGAUAGAGGAGCUGACAGAUCGGUUGAGACUGAGCUUUGGUGAAGAAGAUUCCGGUGUUUAUGUUAACAAGCCGGAUUUUCGAGAACUUGAUCUGGGGUCGCCUGUUUCGACGCUGAGGACUCGUCAGGCUGGGCUCACUGCGACCGCCACGAGCAGCAGUUCCAGCUCCUCCGGAUCGGUUUCAGGAAGAACAUCCGGCGGGCUCAGUCCGUCUCUCUCAAAAAAGACCGAUUCCCAAAAAAGCCAUUCUGGCGAGCUUUUGGGCUGUUCCGUGGAGAGUUCCCCGUCGACUGCUCGUAUCUUCAAACCUGGUCAUACCCGGUCCUAUUCUGGAGGUACACUCCCACUAAUUCACUCCGGUGGUGGAGGCUCAGUCAAUUCUAUGUCGGUCAAUGUUCUUCCAACCGGGAAUAUUUGUCGGUCCGGCAGGAUUUUGAGAAGCGGCAUGGGGAGCCGAUCCACUAAAACCGACGUUUUGGGUUUAGGCACCGCGAAUUAUGGCCACGGCAGCAUAAUGCGAGGCGGUCUUGCAUCUAAACCCGACGGUGGGCCGCCGACGUCACCAAAUCACUCGAGUGGGCUAAUCGUUGGCGGCGAGCCAGUGAAGAAAAUGGGAAUGCACAUUAGUAAUGAUCCAGAGGAGUUGAAGAGAACAGGAAAUGAAAACUACAAGAAAGGACAUUUCGCCGAGGCCUUAGGCUUCUACGAUAAAGCCAUCGCAAUUUCUCCGGGCAAUGCCACUUACCAUUUCAACCGUGCUGCAGCUUUAAUGGGCUUGAAACAUUUGCCGGAGGCUCUGAGGGAAUGCGAGGAGGCGAUUAGAUUGGAUCCGGGCUAUGUUCGUGCGCGCCAUCGAUUAGGAUCUUUGCUUCUUAGUUUAGGGAAGGUCGAGAAUGCCCGAAACCACAUUUGUUUUCCAGGGCAUCAGCCGGAUCCAAUUGAGUUGCAGAAGUUGCAGGCUGUGGAAACACACCUAAGAAAAUGUGCUGAUGCACGGAGAGUAGGCGAUUGGAGAAGCACAUUGAGGGAAGUCAAUGCUGCCAUUGCUUCGGGAGCUGACAUGUCACCUCAGCUUUGUGCUUGUAGAGCAGAAGCUUUCCUGAAGCUGAACCAACUAGAUGAUGCAGUUCUGGCUCUAUCAGAUAUUUCUAAAUUUGAACCAUCUAACGUUUCCCAUUCACAGUCGAAAUUUUUUGGGAUGCUUUUUGAAGCAUACCCAUUUUACGUCAGAGCCCAAAUUGAGUUGGCAAAGGGAAGGUCUGACACUGCACUUAGAGCCAUCGAGAAAGCGGGACAAUUUGACCCUGUAAACGCUGAAAUCUCGGUUAUACUUAACACUGUGAAGUUGGUCGAUCGAGCUCGUGCUCGUGGGAAUGAUCUCUUCAAAUCGGAAAGGUAUACUGAAGCCUGCUCAGCGUAUGCUGAAGGACUCAGGCAUGAUCCUCUGAAUCCCAUUCUAUACUGCAAUAGGGCAGCUUGUUGGUUUAAGCUUGGACAGUGGGAACAGUCAGUGGAUGACUGCAACCUAGCUCUCCGGAUUCAGCCCAAUUAUAUUAAAGCUUUACUUCGAAGGGCUGCCUCAAACAAAAAGCUUGAACGAUGGGCUGACGCUGUGAGAGAUUACGAGGUUUUGAGAAGGGAACUCCCAGAUGACAAUGCAGUUGCCGAAUCUUUGUUUCAUGUGCAAGUUGCAUUGAAGAAAUCUCGGGGAGAGGACAUUCAUAACAUGAAAUUUGGUGGAGAAGUGGAGUCAGUUUCUGAUCUUGAGCAGUUCCGAGCUGCAAUUUCUUCACCUGGUGUAUCAGUGGUCCAUUUUAAAGCAUCUUCCAACCUACAAUGUCAGCAGAUUUCUCCAUUAUUGGACAAUUUGUGCACUCAAUAUCCUUCCAUAAAUUUUCUCAAGGUGGACAUCGAUGAGAACCCUGCAAUUGUUCACGCUGAGAAUGUCAGAAUUGUACCAACUUUCAAGAUAUACAAGAAGGGCAGCCGAAUGAAGGAAAUGGUCUGCCCUACUCCAGAGCUGGUUGAAUCCUCGGUGAGACAUUAUAGCAUUUAGAUCAAAUUUUGCCCUACGCCUUUGUACACGUGCACACCUCUCCUCCCCGAUGCCAGCUUUUACUCAAAAACCACCUCCCGUCUGAUCAUUUCGAGGAUUAUUAGUUACCUGCAACAUAAUGAUCUCAAUAGGAAGCCAUAUCAGCCUAUCGCCAGCAUAGUUCCGUUUUACUCUUUUUAUUUAUUCAUUCGUUUGUCAUAUUCCAUUUCCAAUCCUUGGUUCUUCUUGCCGUUUUCAUUAGCCCGGCCUUGUACCACUAUCAUAUCUUCAUCCAAGAACGAGUAGCGCUAUUAGUAUAUAUAAUUAUAACUUGUAUCUAUAGCUGAAAUUUAGAUAUAGAGAAAGAUGGGAUUACUGGCUGGCCGGCUUUUGCACUGAGGUUCUGUACAAUUGUAUACACAUUGGAGGAAGAAAUGGAUCUGGUGGGAGCUUUCCCGUGUUAGUGAAAAGAAACAAAAAUAUGAUAUUCAUUGAUAUUUUAUGCUUUUUUGCUCAAUUAUUUUAGCAAUAAAAUCUUUCAAUUUUUUUUCGUUAUUUGAUAUUUUAAUGUAUUAAACGCAUUUAUUUUCUACAUAAUUUAAGACCCUUCCUUUUCUUUUUUU